AUGCAGGCAAAAGGCAGAAAGGGAGUGGACUGUGACUCCUUCAGAGCAACCCAGCGACCAGAGCAGAGCGUCAUGCAAGCCCUCGAGAGUCUUAAUGAUGGACAAGUAAGUCGGAAUGACUUCUUGACGGGCAAGGCCCCCCUCAACUCCAUGCGCCUUGGUGACCACAUGAUGCUGAUCCAACUGCAGCUGUCACGGUGUCCCCAGGCGGGUCCAGAAAGUCACGCCUCCAGACCAACCAUUCUCACUCACACAGCCAUGCACACUCCCAUGGCCAUAGCCAUUCUCACACUCACACACACUCCACGCACAGCCACAGCCACAGCCAUGAACAAGGAGGUUCUGCUCGGCGAGGAGAUGGAUCUCAGGGCUACUCUGGACACCAAGGCCCUAGCAGAGGCUUCUCGUAAUCUUACUCAGACCCUCAAGCAGCUCUCUUCUGAGGUCCUCACGUCCAAGCCAGAGCUGAAAGAGGAGAGUCGAUCCCCUCCAGAAAUUGCUGCAACAUAUUUAGGCACAAAAGGAGCCAGUGAUGGCACCAACAAUAUUGGCCCUAGCAGUACCCCUAGUAGUUGUAACAGCAAUGGAAGCAGUGGCUCCAGCAGCACUAGUAGUAACAGCAGCUACACCAGCAGUGGCAGCAGUAGCAGCAGCAACAGCAGCAGCUGCAGCAGUAGCAGCAGCAGCAGCAGCAGCAGCAGCAACAGCAGCAACAACAGCAGCAGCAGUAGCAGUAGCAAUGGCUCCAGCAACAGCAAUGGUACCAGCAGUAGUAGUGGAAACAAUAACAGUAAUUUCAAGAAACAGGGAGCUAUCAUUGAGAGUAUGCACCACCACGGGAAAGGAGUGUACUCAGGCACUUUCUCAGGUACCCUCAACCCAGCACUGCAGGACAGGCAGGGACGGCCAACGGAUAUCUCAACAAUAAUCCACAUACUCAAUGACCUCUUGUGUGCCACACCGCAGUAUCGUCGCCACAACACCAGCAUUACCCUUAGUUCAACAACGCCAUCCAGGACCAAGAGUUCUGGGAGCAGUGCACCCAAGGAGAAGGGAAAGCCAUUGAAUACCUCUUCAACAGAAAUCCCACAAUCUCAGGAGGAAAUGAUGGAGGCAAACAGGAGGAAAGCUGUUGAUGAACCACAAGCUGGUGACCAGGUGGAGCAGCUACGCCUAAUCAUGGAGCAGCGGCGGGCCCGGCGCAAAGCUCGUGAUGCCCGGGCACGCCCAUACCCACACACUGCUGCAUCAUGGGCCACAGACACCACAGUGCCUGCUGUUGUCACCACAACCAGUACAGCAGCAGCAUCUGCUACACAAGCAAUGGAUGUGGAUGGAGGAGAUACUGAUGGUACUGAUCCCACCACCCUUUGUGAGCUCAACUCAGAGACUGUAGUGGCUUAAUGAUGGCCCAUCAUUAGAAGGAUGUUAGGUUAAUGUGUAGGGAGGAUUUGCCACUGUGAAUUGUUUAGAUGGAUUUAGGUGUAAGUGAUGAGUAUACCUUUGCACAACUGCCUAUAGCCCAAGGUGACUCAAUUUAGCCAAGGUGGUCAAGCCUUUAUGUUGAAAGUCUUGUCAUUUGGCAGGAAGUAAGAAAAUGCAAGGUCUGUUGUCUGUGAUUUAGGGUUGACUGUGUUGCAGCAGAACUGUGACACAAAAGCAGUGUUUGAUGAUGUGCUUCCAUUGUUGGAAAAGGUGAGUGUUCCAGAUCAAUCAAGGAAGGAGACUUCCCAAGGUGUGAGGAACUCAACUAAUAAAUUGUUUUAGCACUGUUUGUCUAAACUACCUUAAGGGGAGCGACAAUAAUGUCUUGGGGUUGAUUUUAAAAAAGGAAAAAUAAAAAACAAAAACAAACAUAAAUAAAAAUGAUCAGCAUUAAUCAGAUUAUGAUGAAAAUAGUGUCAGAGCAUGUUGAAAAUCCAUUUCUUGAUUAUUGAAAGCUCUGCAGGGUACCCGAGCCAUGCUCUUGCUUGUGGUUUAGAAUGGUCUUGACAUCUUAUUGCAUGUAUUAGUUGAUCCUUUGAGCCCCAGAUGAACCCCUCUUGAUGUGACACUCAGGAACCACAUUCCCAAGGGGAUAUGGUCAAUCAUCAUGGAAGCUCCGUAAUUUUUGAGUGGCAUAUUU